UGGAUGGUUAGCAUGAAGGGUCGGCCAGUCGAGAGUGGCGCAUGGACUGCAGACUGCGAUCACGGGAAUUGAUCCGCGUCCCCUUCGCCGAGCACCUCAUGUUCUUCCUGGAUGCAGCAGGCUGGAGUGUUCGCCAUAACGUUGAUUCUCAUCUACUAUACAGUUGCAAAGAAAGGAGGCACAGAGCUGCAGGGCCAUGAUUCUGGACAUCUAGCAAAACACGGGCCAGUCAGCAUCCGGGUUGUUCGCGCGUGAGGCGCAACUCGGAAGAUACCGUACUCGCAUCUAUCAUGGCAUCCGGAACGAAGCGCAUGUCCGACGACGACGCGAGCCUCGCUAACAACAACAAGAUCCAGCGCAUCGAGCACGGCAGCCAUGGCCUCCCCCAGGGGCACCAGACGAGCGUGAGCCCGCAUCAGCGCCUGAACCACAGCAACAACGACUUCUCGGGCUCCGUCAAGAGAAAGCUCGCCGACUCGAAGCGGACGGGGCAGGCGUGUGAUCGAUGUAAGAUUCGCAAAAUUCGCUGCGAUGGCCGCCCCGAGGGAUGCACGCCCUGCGAGCAGAACCGCACGCAAUGCCGCACCACCGACCGCAUCACCGGCAAGGCCACCGUCCGAGGCCAUGCUGAGGCCAUGGAGAGCGAGAACACAUACCUGCGCGCCCACCUCGCCGACCUGCAGGCCCAGCUGCAGGAGAUGGGUGUCGAGCCGCGCGCACCGCCUGCCUAUGGCAACAUGUCCUGGCCACCGACAGCUCCAGCUGGCGACACGCAGGACUGGUCGAAUGCGCAACGGCAGCCCAGCGCAUCGCCUAUGUCUGGCUAUGCACCUGCUGGCGACAAGGCCGAUCUCCGCUCCCUGCCCCAGUUCAAGUACGGGUCCAUCGGCGACAACUACCUGGGCGUGGCAUCUGGAGACUCGCUACUGAGUCACAUAAGGGGCACUUCGCUGUCAGUCUUUGGAACUGAGAUCGACAUCACCGAUUUUGUGCAGGAGGGCACCGAGUAUAAUAACUCGCCCAUGUCGUACCAGACGCUGGUCAAAAUCUGUGUUGGUGGCCAGCACGUCGAGCCUGCGCCGUUGCCACCGUAUGAGGCGUUGAAGGAAUGGGCGACCUGGUAUCUGCGGUCGCUGAACCCGUACACCAUGCUAGUCCACAAGCCUGCGUUCAUGGAUCUGGUCUGGAGAUUCGGCAAGGACCCUAACUUCACGCCUACCCCGCCUGAGAGUGUCAUGGUGCACAUGAUGCUUGCGACGAUCAAGUAUCAGAUCGCAGCCCGCAACAGCCAGCAGAGUUCUUUGCUGGACGAGUCACAUGCGCACUACCAGUAUGCCUGCAGCUUCUACAAACUUCUCCUCCUUGGACAGCAUGAACUCGCCGAUGUCCAGGCCUUGGCCAUGAUCUGCCAUCACCUUCGCAACUUCCCCAAACCCGGCGCGGCGUGGAUCAUGACAUCUCUUACGUAUCUGUAUGCACUAGAGAUUGGUCUGCAUCGGUCGGUGAAGAACUGGUCUGAUUCCGGCACGGAGCUUAGCGAGCUGGAAACCGAGAUGCGGAAGCGCAUCUUCUGGACGAUAAACGCCCUGCAGGUGAGUCUGGCUGGCAAGCUGGGAAGACCGAUGCCAAUCAGCAACAACGACAUUGACGUCGAGUUCCCCGAGCCGAUGAAUGACUGUCUACCUGGCGAAGAGGCCAGUCUGAGCCCCUUCCACCAGUGCUCUUUUCAAGUGGGCAUACAGAUUGCAAAGUACACCGUCUGGGAGCUAGACCUGUACAAGACCAUAUAUGCUGUACGCUACACGCCACGCUUGUAUGUAGAGUCAUUGAAGCGACUCGAAGCUGGUAUCCAGCAGUGGAAAGACGAGCUGCCGUACGAGCUGCGAGAUCCAUCUCGAGCUUCACAAGACGAUCACAUCUUCGCAUUGUACCUCGAGUACUGGUACCAAGAGUUCCAACUUUUGCUACAUCAUCCUGCCGUGUGCAGGUCCAUCGACCCUGCGAUCUUGUCCUCGAACCUUGACAAGUGCAUGGAAGCGUCGCAGAAGAUGCUGCACAACUGCACCGAAAUGAUGCACAAGAAGAGCUUGGACAUUGUCUGGAUCAACACGGUGGUGUACAUCGCUGCGGUCUUCACAACCUUGUUCAUCUCAUCGAUGCGGAAGGAUCUUCUUACGCCUGUCGAUAUGACGAGAUUGAAGGGUGAUAUGGCUACAUGGAGCAACGUACUUGACGAGUGUAGUCAACUGUCAGGUACAGAGGACAAGAUGAAGAAAGCAAUAUCCAAGAUUGUCGAUCAAGCGUUGGGCAACAUCAACGAGAGCAUCGUCCAGCGGACUGCAACAGAAUCCCUGGCACGAGUGGCCAUGCACACGAAGCAGCAACCAAAUCCGCCCCCUGCCGUAUACGACACAAGCGGUUACAACGAGCAGCAAUACACCGCCAACACUACCAGUCCGACAGAUCCCACGCUCGCCCAAGGCUCUGGGUAUCCCAACCUAACGGACGGCGGUAACGUCGCCAUGCCAUACAAUAUGGGCACUCAAAUGCCAGUCACUCAGCAAAACACCGCAUACGACCAACAACCAUACAUCAAAGUCGACGAAGACAGCAGCAUCAACCCCUCCCAUGCAGCCGCCCUAGCAACAGCAACGGGAACUACCUCUCAAGCGCCAAACAACACCUACGUUUACCCACAGAGCCUGCCACAAGUCACUAACAGCCACCAGCCGACAUAUGUCGCGAACAACUACAGCCCGCAAGACUGGCGGCAGUGGGCGCAGACUUAUAUGCAACAGCCAGUUGGUCCGCAAGGCGAGUAUCUUAAUACCGCGACUACGCUCAUGGCACUUGGUGGGCGGGAUGGCGCACAACAAGAUGCUGGACAUGGACAUGAUGGGAAUGCGCAGGCCCACAUUGAUCAGGCGCAUUUGGGGCAUUUCCAUUGGCCUGGUGUUGCAUUUCCGGGGGCUACUAAUGGGGCGCCACAUCACCAGUGAUGGGCGUAAGAGGAGGAACUUUGAAGGCAUUUUGAGGAAGAAACGGCACUAUGGAUGGCCGUAUAGGAUUACCCUUGAAACCACUAAUAUGCAAUGUAGACUGUACAGCAGUGCACCGCUAGGCGUAUGUAGCCAGGCGAUAAUAUACGAGAACG